GGGCCUGCAUGCAGCGACGAGAUAACCGAAUACGUUACCACCGAGAAAUAUUUCAUAGACAUUCCACACUAUUUUACUUCAACUUUAAGAUAUUGUCAAAGUACGUAUUUUCAUUUUGAAAUGUGCAUGCCUAUAUUUUUUGUAAGGUAAUUGUGCAUGUUUCCUCUAAGUAGCAUACAUUAGAUACGUAACUCAAUUGUUGGCCUAUAAAACACACCGUCAGUUAAACGGUAUGCCGCCUAGCAAAAUACUACUUUACCUGGAAAACUACAUAUUAUAAGCAAGCUGCGUUACAUAAUAUUAUGUGUUAUAUGAAAGCAACAUUUCUAAGUACACUGAAAUGAUUUUUCAAAGGCUAUGAAACAAUAUACAUUGACAGGAAGGAAUUUACAGAACGGAUUGAAGCAGCAAAAUGCAGACAGCAGACGAAAGUGGAAAAUCGACAAAAGCACAUUCAAAGCUAAGCCCAAAUUAUUUUGUGACAAUACAAAUAACAGAAAACGGACGAUAAAAAACUUGCUAGACGAGCAAAGAGACAUAUUGUCAAGAUAUCCCCGUUAUGAAGAUUUUGAAAUGCCAGCGAAUAGAUUCCAUUUGACAUUAACAGUUCUUCAGCUAGACAAUGAGUCAAAUAUCCGAGAUUGUGUUGCAGCUAUGGAGCAUGCAAAACCUGAAAUCGAGAAACUGGCGAAAAUGAUAAAACCGCUCGAGUUCCAAGGGCUGGGCUGCUUUAGUCCUAGAGUAAUUUUUGCAAAAGUGAAAUUUCCAAGUGAGUUUAUGGAACUAGUGGAUGUCAUUAAGGACGCUAUAAAAGGCGCAGGAAUUAAGACCGAGCUGAGACCACCAAAACUUCAUGUAACUUUAUUUAACGUGGACAAGGAGACGUAUAGCGACAGACGCUGGUAUAAAGGGAAGAUAAUUUUGGCGUCCCUUUUCGAUCCAGAUCCGUACUUUGGGUCACAGCCUGUAAACAACAUUCAGAUUUGUGAAAUGCAUACAUUACCAACCGAAGAAGGGGAAACAGACUUUUACCGCAGUAUUUUCAACCUGCAAAUUGAUAAAUCGUAACACGUACACGUAACGUUUUAAACUCGUUAUCUGCUCAUAGUGCACUAUAACAGAAAUAGUGCACGAGUAAUCUUACAAGUCAACAAUAGAAUAUAUUGCUUACAGACUAUAAUUAUAUGCCUCAGUAAUGAAAUCAUUUGGCAUUAACCUAAGAGCUGGUAUCAAAGGACUUGCAAACUAUACUUUCGUUUCACGUUCCAGGGCCGUCACUUUUUCAGUCCGCAGAAAAUUCAAUAUCGUUAUAAUGCCAAAGUGAAAAUAUUUUGUCUCAGAAAUAAAAUGCCUGUCUUUGUGGAGAUAGUUGCUUGUCGGGGUGUAAUUAUUUGGUAAUAGAGGUUGUAUGUACUAUGGAAAUAAAAUCAAACCCGUCGGAAAUGUGUGAAGUUUGAAUUGAAUGAAAUUUCAGCGUUUAUAUUUCUUGGACAGUAGUAGGCUGGAUUUAAAAGGAACUUCAAAUCAGCAAUGAAGAUCCCGACAUGUUAUUGACUGCGCAGUUAUGCACUGUUAAAUGUCUUUAGAAAUUGUCCAGACUACUUCUAUACAGUUUAUGACUUAAUUGUACCCCCGACA